AUCCGCCCCGCCCGCAGUCUCUCCUCCCCUUCCUCCCCGCAGCCCCUCCGCCCCGUAGGUGCUUGGGGACCCACCUUCUGCCCGCCUCACGUCUACUCCCCUCUCCUGGCCGCAUCUGGGCUCCCUCUAGGCCUGUACCUCCCGCCACCACCCCCUCCUUCUCCCGGGGAGGGGGCAGGUGGGCGGGCACUAUUGUUGUAGGAUUCCUCAGCCGCGCUCUGGGUGGGACCAGCAGGGUUGUGGGGGGUGGGGGGAGCGGUGAUUUGAGCUCGAAGCAUCUGGGCUUCGCGGCUCGCUCCCUCCUUCGCGCUCUCUCUCUCUCGCCGCCGCCGCCCGCUGGGCUGCGGGGCUCGGUGGCAUCUCUCGGGCGCGGCCGCUGCCCUCACCCCCGCCUCCGGGCCGCUCCCGCCCCUGGCGCCGCUCGCUUCCCCCGACCCGGACUCCCCCAUGUAUGACGACUCCUACGUGCCCGGGUUUGAGGACUCGGAGGCGGGUUCAGCUGACUCCUAUACCAGCCGCCCAUCUCUGGACUCAGACGUCUCACUGGAGGAGGACCGGGAGAGUGCCCGCCGUGAAGUGGAGACCCAGGCUCAGCAGCAGCUCGAAAGGGCCAAGAAGUACAGCAAUGACUGGUGGAUCGGGCGGCUAGUGAAAGAGGGCGGAGACAUCGCCUUCAUCCCCAGCCCCCAGCGCCUGGAGAGCAUCCGGCUCAAACAGGAGCAGAAGGCCAGGAGAUCUGGGAAUCCCUCCAGCCUGAGUGACAUUGGCAACCGACGCUCCCCUCCUCCAUCUCUAGCCAAGCAGAAGCAAAAGCAGGCGGAACAUGUUCCCCCAUAUGAUGUGGUGCCCUCCAUGCGGCCCGUGGUGCUGGUGGGGCCCUCUCUGAAAGGUUAUGAGGUCACAGACAUGAUGCAGAAGGCUCUCUUCGACUUCCUCAAACAUAGGUUUGAUGGCAGGAUCUCCAUCACUCGCGUCACAGCUGACCUCUCACUGGCCAAGCGAUCUGUGCUCAACAAUCCUGGCAAGAGGACCAUCAUAGAACGUUCCUCUGCCCGCUCCAGCAUCGCUGAAGUACAGAGUGAGAUCGAGCGCAUAUUUGAGCUGGCCAAAUCCCUGCAGCUAGUAGUGUUGGAUGCUGACACCAUCAACCACCCAGCACAGCUGGCCAAGACCUCACUGGCCCCCAUCAUCGUCUUUGUCAAAGUAUCCUCACCAAAGGUACUUCAGCGUCUCAUCCGCUCCCGGGGAAAGUCACAGAUGAAGCACCUGACUGUACAGAUGAUGGCAUAUGAUAAGCUGGUUCAGUGCCCACCAGAGUCAUUUGAUGUGAUUCUAGAUGAGAACCAGCUGGAGGAUGCCUGUGAACACCUGGCCGAAUACCUGGAGGUUUACUGGCGGGCCACCCACCACCCGGCCCCCGGCCCUGGUCUUUUGGGCCCUCCCACUGCCAUCCCUGGACUUCAGAACCAGCAGCUCCUGGGGGAACGUGGUGAGGAGCACUCACCCCUCGAGCGGGACAGCUUGAUGCCUUCAGAUGAGGCCAGCGAGAGCUCACGCCAAGCCUGGACAGGAUCUUCACAGCGUAGCUCCCACCACCUCGAGGAGGACUAUGGAGAUGCCUACCAGGACCUGUACCAGCCUCACCGUCAACACACCUCGGGGCUGCCUAGUGCUAAUGGACACGACCCACAGGACCGACUCCUAGCCCAGGACUCGGAGCACAACCACAAUGACCGGAACUGGCAGCGCAACCGGCCCUGGCCUAAGGAUAGCUACUGACUGCUGCCCUACCCGGGCAGGGACGGGCCCAACUGAUGGGGGCACCCGCUCCAGGCCGGUUGGAGUUAGACUGGCAUUAGGCUGGCACUAGGCUCAGGCCCCACAACCCUCUGCCCAGCCCCAGCUCCAGGGCUGCCUGGAGUCCCAAGGUUCUUGGAGCAGGGAGCCCCCCUCACCUCCUGGGCAGUGACCCCCCUAGGCUCCCAUUCCAGGUACUAGCUGUGUGUUCUGCACCCCUGGCACCUUCCUCUCCUCCUGCACAAGAAGCUGCCCACUGGGCAGUGCCCUCAGGCCAGGACCCCCUUAGCAGGGGCCUUCCCACCACUCAGGGAAGGGAUGCCCCCUCAAAGUGACAAGAGGGUGGGGGUGUGGACAGCAUGGCAUGAAGAAGAGACAAGGUCCCUGAGCAGGCACAGGUCAUAACAGUCAAAGGACUCAGGGGUUGUCAUUUGGGGUCUAAGGGUCUCCACUCACCUCACUACCACACAUUAGAAACAAGACAAUCAAAGCCCAUCAGGGAGGCACUCCCAUCUAUCAGCUGGGUUGGGGCAUCCAGGUACAGGACUGGAGCAGCAGGCAGCCUAGGCUGGGGCUAAAGCAGCACCUCACAGCUGAAGCUCCUGGAGGGAGAGCUCUCCUUACCCUGCGAAGCUUCUUAACAUCUGACGAGACCAGGGACUAGAAGCAUGGUCAAGCCAAACGGAGGGCGGGAGUCAACCUGGACUGGGGGUUGGGGGAGGGAGGGCAUGUAUAGCACAAAACGUAUGGAACCGCUUCAGGGGCCUCCUCACCCCCUCAUUCUUUUGCUCUUGCAUCUGGUCAUUUCUGUUACUGCCCCUCGUGCACCCUGGGGGUAUGAGCCCCAAACUUUAUUCCAAUUCAUAGCUGCUGCUUGUUAAGUUAGGGUUAGAUGGGGAGAGGCAGGACACGGUAGACAGCCCCCCGAGGCCCUGUCUACCCAGCUACCCUUGCCUGUGGCUCUAGUGUGUGACCUACAGAGCAUGCUCCACAAGACCCUGCCCCCACCUCACUGUCAUCACUAAUAAACACCAUGCGCAGUCGUCAGGCUUCUGUUCUAUGUCUGCUGGCUCAGGUGCCCAGGUUCCUCGCUACAUGGCCCACCCAAGUCUGGAGGAGAUAAAGAAGUAUUCUGGCUUCUCCUCUCACAAAGGACCCGUUGAGUGGGAAGGAGAAAAAGGGCAGAGCCAGGAGAGCCCUCCCACCCCUCAGCCUCACCCCCAGGUGCCUGGGAGAGACAUUCAGCAGCACAGAUGGAACUUGUUCUGGGAGGUGGGGAAGGGAGAGGCUUAGUCACAGCUUUAUACUGUCCUUGCCUCAGGCCACAAAGGUCCUAGAAGUACAAAUCUGAACUCCAUGUAUCUGCCAGCCCUUUCUGAGGGGUAACGAGCAUGUGAGUAAGAGGGCAUCAGCGGAAGGGCCCAGGCCCUGCAGCGCUCAGCCAGGCCAGCUCAGCAAUCCUCAUUGCCCAUCUCCCUUCACCAUCCGUUCUUCCCACAAGCAGUGGACUGGGCAAUCAGGGAGCCACAAGCAAAGGUGCACAGCACAGGCUGGAAGAGUGCUUCCAAUUGUACCUCACCUGCCAAAGUUUCACAGCUGCUUUCCUUUCUCACUCUGUGCAAAGCUACCUACAGGGUGUCCGGGCCAGGGCCACAAGUUGUGUGGGGCUGGAGCAGGGUCAGGAAGAGGCGUUAUGGUCCUGCGCCAAUGGCUUCCAUCUCCCUCAGAAGCUGUCUAUUGACUUCAA